AUGAAGCUCCCCCUGGUUCUUGUCCUCAUUCUCCCGCUAUCCUCGGCUCUUGUCGCUGGAGAGUUUGGCUCCUAUCGAAACCCCAAUCCUAGGCCUCUUCACAAAUGUGACAAUACCGAUAUGGCCAUGUUGGCCCAGUGCAGCAACCUGGUGUUGGCACAGCUUGACGAUUGCAAGGCCAACGACUUAGCGUGCGAGUGCUGUGCUUUGCAAUCAAUGGACUCCAAAUGCCACAGAUUGUGCCCCGGUAAUCCUUCUGCCAACUUUCUUACUGUGUUGGUGACAGACUGCGCUCCCUUGAACGACAUCAACGCUUGCAAUCUUCCCUUCAAGAAAACCGACGGCGACAUGAGGCCAAUGAAGAUGGCUCUGAAGGAGCCUGAAACCACCAUUCUGGUAAAAUCGCAUCUUCAGGAUAAGUCGGCUUCUAGAAAGCAACUGUGGCAACCGGGGUCUACACUUUACAGCGCCUACGAGGACUCGGACAGCGACUCGGACGACUCGGACAGCGACGAGGCAGUCGCUCCCGAGCCGUUGUUGCCUACCGCUGAUGAAAUGCUCCGGCCCGUGGUGUCCCCCGUCGAAAACCACACAAAUGUCACAGUCAUGUCAGGAGCUUCCAGUGCACUGUUUACUGCGCACUUCACCUCCGUGAUGGGGACAGUGGCCAUUAUGUGGGCCUCGCUGGUGUUUUUCAUCACCUAA